UAUGACCGAAUUUUUUCAAUGCGUGCCAACAGUUGGAAGAAUAUGUCGCCACUUGAAAGCGAGAAUUAUUGAUACGAUAAUGUUUCGCGAUGGAAUAACGGUUGAAGUGGUGUUCAAACAUUUACUCGUAUCCGUGAAAUUGUCCAGCGAGCUCAGCAUCAAAGAUUCAAGCGACACUCGCCCUACGGUGGAGGUCUACACGUGCGCUGAUUGCACGGGGCGCAUUUUCUUCGUGCCGCUGUCCCGCGCACGGAUCAAUUGCACCAGGGAUAGAGAAGAGAAUCGAUUCGGGAAAGUUAUACCAAGGCGGAAAGAGAGAGGAAGCUGUGAUAAAAGGUAACCGCCUCUGAAACGAGUCGAGAUCAAUUUGCGAUUUCAACCUCACGUUUCGCGCCGAAACUCGAACGAAGUACCACCAAUCUAGACUCCGUAAAUAACGGCCGGAAGUUUCCAACAGCGGAAGAUCCCUUGGCAGGUCUACACUUUGUCAGAG